CUCGGAAGAACACAGUAUGCCUGAUCCAGCAAAGACCGCGCCCAAGAAGGGCUCCAAGAAAGCCGUUACUAAGACCGCAGGCAAAGGCGGCAAGAAGAAGAGAAAGACCAGGAGGGAGAGCUACGCCAUCUACGUGUACAAGGUGCUGAAGCAGGUUCACCCCGACACCGGCAUUUCCUCCAAGGCCAUGAGCAUCAUGAACUCCUUCGUCAACGACAUCUUCGAGAGGAUCGGCAGUGAGGCCUCCCGCCUGGCGCACUACAACAAGCGCUCCACUAUCACUUCCAGGGAGAUCCAGACCGCCGUGCGCCUCCUGCUGCCUGGAGAGCUGGCCAAGCACGCCGUGUCCGAGGGCACCAAGGCCGUCACCAAGUACACCAGCUCCAAGUAAACUGUCCCCUUGCGCUAAAAACCCAAACAACGGCCCUUCUCAGGGCCACCCACAACUAAAAAGGGCACUUUCUGUUCUACUUGUACGGUUAAA